AUGCGGAAUGGAUCGUCCUCGUCGGACGAAUCAACGGGCCCAGGCACGCCGCCGAGCUCUACGUAUGUAAAAGAUGUUAAGAAAAAUCCAAGUUUGAAUACCCAGGAUUCGCCAUACUCCUUCCACACGCUAGCGAUGCAGCAUCGGUUCAUGCAUCCGACGACCAAAGGUCUCGACAUUCCUGCGCUUCGCGAAAUCACACGCCCACACGUCGAGAGCUUCAAUGCACUGUGGGCAGAAAAUCCGUCUCUUGAAGCCGCAUCGAGCAUCGGCAUGGAGGUUGCGGGUCUUCUUGAGCGCAGCCUCAUGACCCUCCCGUCGCGUGUGGUUUUUGACGGGCAUGGCGACGGCGAUCUCGGCAACCGCCUUGAAAUGCGCAUUGACUCUGUAUCAUUAAGCCGCCCCAUUGUACCUGACCGCGCCAAAGAUGCGACAGACCGCCGUGUCUUUCCUGACGAGUGCAGGAAUCGCCUGGUGUCCUACCGCGGUCGUCUAACCGCGCGUGUUACGUGGAGUGUGAACAAUGGCCCCGAGCAGAGCGACAUACGGGACAUGGGCCUUGUCCCUGUCAUGGUCGGCUCAAAUCGGUGCAAUCUGCGUGGCAUGGCGUCGAGCGAGCUGGUCGCGCGCCACGAGGAGCCAAACGAGAUGGGCGGAUACUUUAUCAUUAACGGAAACGAGCGCCUGAUGCGUUUCCUGAUUAUGAACAAGGCGAACCAUGUAAUGGCUCUGGAGCGCCCCAGUUUCACGCGCCGCGGCCCCUCGUACACUAGCAAGGCUGUGUCGAUCCGGUGUGUGGGCAAGCACGACUUGUCGAGUGUGACCAACUCGGUGCACUAUUUGGAAAACGGCGGUGUGACGCUACGAUUCUCGUGGCGCAAGCAAGAAUACAUGAUUCCCAUUGCUAUGGUGCUCAAGGCGCUGAUCAGCGCCACAGACAAGGAGAUAUUUUCCUCCAUCGCAGGCGCCGACAUCGAUAAUACCUUUUUGACGGACCGCAUCGAGCUUCUCCUGCGUGGCUUUAAGCGCUACAGUUUGUGGACGGGCGAGCAGUGCCUCGAGUACCUGGGCGACAAGUUCCGCGUGGUGAUGCGUGCGCCGGAAGACUGGUCGAACGCGCAGGUCGGCGAGGAUUUGAUCAACCGCGUCGUGCUUCCCCACCUCGAGCUCCCGCGUGACAAAUACCGGCUUUUGGUCUUUAUGCUGCGCAAGCUCUACGCAUUCGUUGCGGGCGAAUGCACGGCGGACAAUCCCGACUCGCCGCAGCACCAGGAAGUGCUUAUGCCUGGCUUCUUGUACGGCGCCAUCAUUCGCGAGCGCCUCGAUGAGUACCUGGUCGGUGUGCGAGGUGCCAUUGUGCGCGAUGUGCGCAUGCGUGCGAAAGAGUGCGACUUUUUUGAUGCGCGCUACCUGCAGCGCACCAUGGCCAAAGUGAACGGCGAUGUCGGCGCGCGCCUCGCGUCCUUUUUGGCGACGGGCAACCUUUCUUCGCCGAGCGGCCUUGAUCUCCAGCAAGUGGGUGGCUUCACCAUUGUGGCCGAGAAACUGAAUUUCUAUCGCUACCUUGCACACUUCCGCAGCGUCCACCGUGGCGCCUUCUUCGCCGAGCUUAAGACUACCACGGUCCGCAAACUGCUGCCCGAAGCCUGGGGUUUCUUGUGUCCAGUCCAUACGCCCGACGGCAGCCCUUGCGGGCUCUUGAACCACUUUUCCCAUACGUGCCGCAUCACCACGUGCGAUGCUGACGUCUCGCGAAUCCCUGCACUCCUCACAUCGCUGGGCAUGACCGAAGUGAUGGCGCCGAACAUGAGUGCGCGCACGCACGUUGUUGUCCAGCUCGACGGUGCGAUUAUCGGGUAUGCAAGCCCCUCGUUGGCAAAGCAGAUGGCCACGGUGCUCCGUAUUUGGAAGACGGAGGAGAGCCAUGGCGUUCCGCUGAACCUGGAGAUUGGAUUCGUGCCUACCAGCCACGGCGGGCAGUAUCCUGGCCUGUACCUCUUUGGCGCGCGCUCGCGAAUGAUGCGCCCCGUCCGUUUUCUGUACAAUAUGCGCGAGGACAGUGUAGGACCGUUCGAGCAAGUCUACCUGGACAUUGCCUGCCGCGAAGAAGAGAUUGCAAAAGGCAUCUCGUCGCACGUCGAAGUCACGCCGACGAAUGUGCUGAGCGUCAUUGCAAACUUGACGCCUUUCUCCGACUUUAACCAGAGCCCGCGUAACAUGUACCAGUGCCAGAUGGGCAAGCAGACAAUGGGCACGCCCAGCGGCGCCGUCGCGCGGCGUACCGACAACAAGCUGUACCGUCUCCAGUGCGGCCAAACGCCGAUUGUGCGCCCAGCAAUGCAUGCAACGUACGGCAUGGACGACUUUCCCAACGGCACGAACGCGAUUGUCGCCGUGAUUAGCUACACAGGCUAUGAUAUGGAAGACGCCAUGAUCCUCAACAAGUCUGCACACGAGCGCGGAUUUGGCUACGGCACUGUGUACAAGUCCGAGGUGAUCAAUUUGCGCGACAUGAGCGGCGCACGGAGCGGCCCGCUGCAGGUGCACUUUGGGUUCGGCGACGAUAUCCGCGCCGACGACUCGCGGCGCGAGCAGCUUGAUGUGGACGGACUGCCGUUUGUCGGCGCGCAAAUGUCCAAAGGCAGUCCACUCUACGCGUGCUACAACGAUGGAACAGGGCGCACUACACUGAAACGCUACAAAGGCGACGAGGCAGGCUACGUCGACACCGUCCGCAUUAUUGGCGGCGAUGCCGGCGACAGUGAGUGCCAAAAGGUGCAAAUCACAUUCCGUAUUCCGCGUGCGCCAGUCAUUGGCGACAAAUUUUCUUCGCGCCACGGCCAAAAAGGUGUGUGCUCGCAGAAAUGGCCGUCGGUCGAUAUGCCGUUCAGCGAGAGUGGCAUGCAGCCCGACGUAAUCAUCAACCCGCACGCGUUCCCUUCGCGCAUGACGAUUGGCAUGCUGAUCGAGAGCAUGGCAGGCAAGGCAGGUGCCAUGCAUGGGAUUGCGCAGGAUGCGACGCCGUGGAGCUUUAACGAGCAGGAUACGCCCGUUGCAUACUUUGGCGAGCAGCUCAAAGUUGCGGGCUACAACUACAUGGGCAACGAGCCGAUGUACUCGGGCAUCACAGGACAAGAGCUGCGCGCCGACAUAUACCUUGGGCUCGUGUACUACCAGCGUCUGCGCCACAUGGUGAACGACAAGUUCCAAGUACGCACGACUGGGCCUGUGCAUGCCUUGACGCGGCAGCCCGUCAAAGGCAGGAAGCGCGCCGGCGGCAUCCGUUUUGGCGAGAUGGAGCGCGAUGCAUUGCUUGCGCACGGUACAUCCUUCCUUAUGCAGGACCGUUUGCUCAACUGCUCCGACUACUCCACCGCCUACCUCUGCCGCACGUGCGGCAGCUUGAUUUCCCUGAGCUACGAUGACCAUGCAGGCAUCGCUGUGCCUGGCCUCGGCGCUGUGCAGACGAUUGAAGGUGUGCAAAACACGCGCACGCCGCUCGGGCCGCGCGGCGAGUACUGCCGCGUAUGCCGCAAUGCAACGCAGGCAGAGGAAGCGCCGCAACCUGCGCAGCGAAUGCGUCUGCCCAAGAAGCAUUUGCUGCGCCGUGUGGGCGAUAUGGAUGUAGUUGCUGUGCCGUACGUGCUGCGGUACCUUGUCGCGGAGCUUGCUGCAAUGGGUCUGCGCAUGCGCUUCUCAGUGGGUCCGUAG